AUGAAGGUCUACGCGCUCUCUGUGGUCCUCGUGCCUCCAGGCAAGUCAAGCACGACGCUCAGCACGGCAACGGACCUCUCGUCAUUCUCGUUUUACCAGCGCCCGAGCGUCGGCGAGUUCAUGCAGUUCUUCACGAAGACGAUCGCGGAGCGCACGCCGCAGGGCCAGCGGCAGAGCGUGCAGGAGAACCAGUACACCGCGCAUGUCUGGAACCGGGGCGGGGCUGAGCAGCUGGCGGGUGUGAUCGUCACCGACCAGGAGUACCUGUCCGACCUGCGUUCUCCCUCCUCACAAGCUCCUCGACGACUUCAUGGCAAGGUCCCCGUCUCCUCAUACGGCACGCCCACCGCGAUCUCUUUCCCCGAGAUCACACUGCAGCAGGAGCUCGAUGAGACGAAGAUCAUCCUGGGCGCACCAGCGCCCGCGCCCCGCACCCCGUCUCUUAACUCCGUCCUUUGGUGCACCGAGGAGGGUAAUCCCAAAAGACGCAAGACGCUGACGGGGCUUUCGGACCAAGCACAAGACAUCGAAAGCAGCAAGGCGUUCUACAAGACCGCAAAGAAGCAAAACUCGUGCUGCGUCGUCAUGUGA